AAGAGGCUGGGAGGUGAAGAGGGGGGUCUUCUCCCCCGGGUUGUGGAGAUAAAAGCAAGGCAAAGCUCCCUGCCUGGGAAUUUCCCAUGCCUGUAAGUGGAUUAAGCUGGAGGGGAAGGUGUGUUGCCGGGGGGGGGGAAGAAGGGAGAGGAAGCAGAUCAGGAUUUAUUUGUUCUCUUAUUGCAAAAAAAAAAAAAAAGCUGCUGGUUGUGACUUUUGAAGCAGGAGGUCAGAAAGCACGGGGUUCCCCUGAUAACGCACACACCCUGUAAACUUUUAAGCAGCUCCAUGGAAACUUGUUAUUAAUGCUGCAGUCAUUAAAAGGCGCAGACCACGGCAGAUUUAUUAGCCCAGUAAACCACAACACGUGCCAGCUCUCUGGAAACAAAAGGGUCCGUCAACUUUACUCCUCUGCUUGGGAUUUGGGAAGGCUGGGAGGAAAGCGGCGAGGAUGGAGCCGGUGGCUUGUGUCGUGGGGAAGUGGCAUCGCCUCCGUUAACCGACGCUCCCCAUCGCGGUUAGCUAACGUAAUUUGGUGGCAGCGAAGGCGUUCGAGCACGGGUGGAACGAGAGCACGGCGAGCCGCGCCGAGCUCACGGCGUUCAUCGCGGCAGCCCGGCGAGGAGCCUCCAGUCUCUGGAGUCGAAAGAUUUCCCCGGGUGUCUGCCAUGAUAAAUCAGCUGCCGUUAGCCUGAAUAACCGCAUUCACUGAAGUUACAGUAGGAAACUUGUCUGGGUGGACACUGUGCCAUUGCUCUGCAGAGAGCAGCCGGUGCUGAUCGCUGGCAUCGCGCUGAAAUAUUGCAUUGAUCGCCGCUCCAAAGCUCGCUUGGCAGCGCGCGGAGCUUUAUUGCAGCGGUAGAGAGCAGAGCGAAUACCGGGAGAAGAGGCACUGUGGACAGGCAGGGUUAGACCAACGCCUCGCCGAUCUCUCCGGGAAUAAGGAGCGCGCUGGAUGUGUUAGAUGCUGGAAGGACUCGGAGGGAGCCUGGUAGGAAAAAGCAUCCUGUGCUCCCCCAGCCCUGCAGCGAACAGCAGCGUGUGCCGCCCCGGCGCGAGACAGAGCUGGAAAAAAAGGUCAACAAUGCAGUUCCUAGCCUGGUUCAAUUUGCUGCUUCUCCUUCCUUGUUUCGGUACCACCAAAACCUGCUUCCCCGGCUGCCACUGCGAAGUGGAAAGCUUUGGUCUCUUUGACAGCUUUAGCUUGACCAAGGUGGACUGCAGUGGAAUAGGCUCACACAUUGUUCCUGUCCCAAUCCCUCUGGAUACCUCCUACUUGGAUCUAUCAUCAAACAAACUGGAAACAAUCAAUGAAUCGAUGCUUACUGGCCCUGGAUACACCACCUUGGUGAGCCUCGACCUGAGCUACAAUAAAAUUGCCAAGAUUUCCUCCACAACCUUCUCCCGGCUUCGGUACCUGGAGUCCUUGGAUCUGAGUCAUAACUCUCUGGAAGUCCUUCCAGAGGACUGUUUCUCCAGUUCUCCUCUGGGCGACAUAGAUUUGAGCAAUAACAAGCUUUUGGAUAUAGCAAUGGACAUUUUUGCUUCAAAAGGUCAAGGAAAACCCCUGAAUGUGGAUCUGUCCAAUAAUAUGCUCAGCACAAUUACGAGGCACCGUGAAAAGAGCAUCCCCAACAUCCAGAACUUAAAUCUUUCUGGAAACAGGCUAAUGUCUGUGCCAAACCUUCAAGGCAUUCCUCUCCGAUACUUAAAUCUUGAUGGGAACCCUCUAGUCAAGAUUGAGAAAGGAGACUUCACGGGGCUGAAAGAUUUGAUUCAUUUAUCCCUCAGUGGCCUGCGUGGCUUUGGAGAGUUUUCUCCUUAUAGCUUCAAGGAACUACCAGCCCUCCAAGUUUUGGAUUUAUCCAGCAAUCCUGACCUGAAGUCACUGACUGCUGAAGUUAUCUUUGGUCUGAACGCCCUACAAGAGCUCAACCUCUCUGGGACAGGCGUGUCAUCCUUGCCAAAGACUGCGCUGAAAUACCUACCUUCCAUCAAAAGCAUCACCUUGGGGAAGAACAUACAGUGUCUUAAGACCAUCAAAGAAGGACAGUACCACCGACAAAUUGGGCUGACCAAAAAAGAGGUCCUCAGUUGCCACGACAGCCACGGAGAGCCAUUGCUCAGAGAUGAUGUGCAGCAGAGCAAGGGAAGCAGAGGGGUCUGCCAACAGCCGCAUCUCACCCAGGAACCAGCCUCCGAUGAAGCAAAUUAACUGAAGAGAUCAGGUAGCCUAGCUUAAAAAAAAAAAAAAAAAAAAAAAAAAAAGAAUAAAAAUCCCUCCUCCCUUUCUGGGGAAGCUUGGAAGAAAACCUUGACAGGGAUUCUCGUUUUGACGACCUUAUCAAACCAAGAUGCAGACCCAGAGGACGUGAGAGUAAGCUGCUUCCACGCUGACGUCCACCAUCUGAGCACAACAUCUGCGACUCAGCUGGGCUCGUGUGAGGCAAUUUCCAGCGCCGAAAAACUCUCCAGAACAUGCCAGGGGAAGAAUUAACACUGACGCCUGGGACCCUGGAGCGCUUUGCCUAUCGGGGAAAAAUCUUGGGGGGUUUUUUGCAGAGUUGUGGCUUUUCUUUCUCUCACACAGCUCCUUGGCUGCCAACUGAAAUCUGAUAAAAAGCCUCAGAGAUUUACUCCUUUUUUACUCCAUUGCUGAAAUGCUGGCAAAGUAAAGGGGAACCCCUCUCGUCCCUCUUUUCCAGGCUAGGAGAAAGUGGGGGAAGGCAGCACGGCAUGACUCAAUGCCAUGUGGGAAGCCUUCAACUUGCUUAUAGGAGCUCCUGCGAUGGAGGUGUCUGGUCCACAUCUAGCACGCUCCAUCCUGGGGAUGGGAAGGGAUGUUGUGGAUGGGGGUCCUGCUCGGGUUGGUCUGCAGCUUGGUCUCUAAACCCAGCCUUGCAUCACGGCAACCUCCAAUGUUUGAAGCUGGUUUAGGGAGGUCCGCGCAAAGGUGAUACAGAUAUCAAUCCAUCCCACAACCCUCCUUGGGAGCGUUGGGAGGAGCUCAGGCUUCAUCCUCACACCCCCAAAGGUCUUUGCGAACGGAAACCCUGUUGCCCAAAGCAGCUCUCUCCAGGGAUGGUUGAAAUCUACUGACCCCAUAAAAGGCAGAGUCAACACCUCACUUUGGAUACUGAAAUCCCUCUCUCACAUUUUCAUCCAUCUCCUUUUCAAUCAUGGAUCUUAGGGUGGGAUUUUAACCCUUUAUUUCAGUGCUGAAGGUUUUCCCUCUCUACUGAGCCUUUGCAAUGCUCGACCAGCCUUCACAGUCACAGGAAACAUUGAUUUUCUUAAAAAGGCAAUGGGACUGCCUAGAGGCAGGGAUCUGGAGGGGAACAGUAACCAACUACAGUGCAAGAUGGGGGCAGUUUGGGAGGGAGGAGGUGUUUUUUAGUAGCUCUUGCCUUUUUAAGAGAAUUCUUUUCUGCUGGCAGAAAAUGUAAUUUUUUUAAAAGUUGUUUAAUUUUAUAAGUCUGUACGUAGAUGAAAUGUUUCGGGGAUCACGUACUGUCAAAGUUACUGUCUUUGCACCACUGUGGUAAGUUUAAAACCCAAUGUGACAAUCCAAUUGAAGACUGCAAGAUUUCCUUGUGUAAUCUCACACUAGCUGCUAGCUAAACAAGUCUUAGCAAAAGCUGGCAAAUACCGUCGCUGUGUUUGUUUUUUUAAAGAACCUCUGCAGCAUUGUAAGGCUUUGUGAUUACUCACAAUAUAAUAAAGCGAUUUGGAGGAGAAUAAA